AUGCAGAUCCGCAACGGAGAAGCUAUGCUCGAAAAGUACGGUCUCAAGCCCAACGACGCCGUCCUCGCCGACGAGAAGCAGCUCGCCAUCUACAAGGACAUCGUUGACAACUACGACGUCACCUACGUCGCCGGAGGUGCCGCUCAGAACGCUGCCCGUUGCGCUCAGUACGUCCUCCCUGCAAACUCCACCGCCUACCUCGGUUGUGUAGGCAAGGACGAUCUCGCCAAGCAGCUCCAGGCAGCCAACGACAAGGAAGGCCUCAAGUCCAUCUACCAGUUCUCCGAUGACCAGCCCACUGGAUCUUGCGCCGUCGUCAUCACCGGCCACAACCGUUCACUCUGCACCAACCUCGGUGCCGCCGAAAAGUUCACCAAGUCCCACCUCGAGACAUCCGAGGCUCAGCAGGCCAUCAAGAACGCCAAGAUCUUCUACCUCGGAGGCUUCUUCCUCACACACGGUGUCGAGUCCGCGCUCGUUCUUGCCGAGGAGGCCAAGUCCCGCGACGUUUCGUUCACCAUGAACCUCUCUGCUCCCUUCAUCCCGCAGUUCUUCACCUCGCAGGUCGACCAGGUCGUCCCUUACGCCGAUGUCAUUUUCGGCAACGAAUCCGAGGCCGAAGCCUGGGGUGAGGCUCACAAGAUCGAAUCCAAGGACCUCAAGACCAUCGCUCAGGCUAUUGCCGACUUUGACGCCGCCACUACAAAGGCUCAGAAGCGUGUUGUCAUCAUCACCCAGGGCGCCCAGCCUACCAUCGUCGCCAAGCGUGGUGACAAGGAGCAAAAGGUCCACGAGACCCCCAAGAUCAACCCCGCCGAUAUCGUCGACACCAACGGUGCCGGUGAUGCUUUCGCUGGCGGUGUCGUCGGCGCCCUCGUGCUGGGUAAGAGCAUCGAGGAGGCGAUCGAUGUCGGUCACAAGCUCGGUGGUAUGUGCAUCGGUCAGGUCGGUCCCAUCCUCAAGUUCCCCAAGGAGAACGUUCUCUAG